AAAUUAUCGAACUUAAACCGGAAACUGGUGACCACGUGAGCAAUUGUACUAUAAUGGCUGACUUCGCGAUUCACUUAUCAAUGUUCCAACUUCACAGUUGUGUGCGGCUUUUGUUUGCGCUGAAGUUCGUCCCUAGUGAAUUUGUUGUUGCCGUUGUUGACUCAGUUGCAGUAGAUUGCUCCGAAAAAAGAGAAUUCGUUAAGUGAGCGUAUCAUUUCAUCAUUUUGCUAAAGAAUUGGCAAGUUCAUCAGUAAGAUGAGAUUUCUACAGAUUAAUUUCGGCGAUAGCAAACAUCUUUUUCAACGUCUCUAACUAGGUUAAGUUGCCUAGUUGCAUUGGAAGUUUUGUAACAGCGCGAAGCGGUUCGAAUUUGAUUUCAAGAAGUUGACAAAUCUAGGAGUUAACAAUUAUGGGCUCACUAAACCUUGUUUGCCCAAUGUGUUGCGGUGAAACCUUUAAUAAUCCUCAAUCGUUGAAAUAUCACUUGUUAAGUAUAACGGACAAUCUUUAUUGCCCUGGCUGUUCGCAGCGUUCUGAUUCUGUGGUUGCACUCAUCCAACAUUUAGACAAAUGUCAGCAAGGUUUGCAGCGCAAAAUAAAAUCUGAAGUUUUGAUGGAUAAAGCUCGAAAAGUCAGCAAAGAGUCAGAAAAUAAAGGAAAUAUCCUAGCGGAUAUUAAAGUACAGCAGAUCAAUCGAAGCUUUUUAGCGACUGUGAAUGAUACUGGAAUUGUAAUAGUUGGUGAUCCGCAAACAAUACAAGUGGAUGAGAAUGGAGAGAUUAAAGUUGUAGAAAAGCUGGACUUGGAUGAAAUACAACCAGGUCAAAACUCCCUGGAUUUCAAGAUGUCUGAAAGUUUUUGUGGUAUUAGUGGUGAAAAACAAAGAAGACCACAAUCAUCUCAGGGAUUAGUGGCUAUUCCUAUAUCGAGCUGUAUUGCAGAACGUAAAGAAGCAUCAUUAGACAAGAGUGUGAUUGCUGUAUUAUCAGAAAAUUCUGAGCUUGUGGAUGGUGACAUUACAACCUUCAUUGAUGUUGAUCAUAUAAAUGACAUGGGAGAGUUGAAUGAAGCUGAUCUUCUACGUGUUAAACAAGAAUUGUGUGAGAUGGAAUCAGAUGCUGUAUAUAGCUGUACCAGCUGUGACAUGAGUUUUAAUUCUGUCUUGGAACACAUUAAGCAAUUUCAUGAUGGUCAAGAAGUUCUAUUAGAAAUGGCAGAACAAUUGGAUGAUCUGGCGACGACAGUACCCGUAAGUUCGAUGUCUACGUUACCUGAAAGUUCAGAAAAUAUGGAUAAUACACGGCAAAGACAAACUAUGAAUACACUACGCACAGAAGAGUGCAUUGAUAGCGAAGGUAGGCUGUAUACUAGGAAAGUAGUACAAAUUGAGAGAUUUUGGGACCGAACGCCGAUUCAGGUUGCGACGUCGCAAUCAUCGAAGGCUCCAAUGAUUGAGAAAUUCUUCUCAAAUGUUGAAGGCAUUAAGGUACGGGAAAAACGCCUGGCGGCUGCACCAUUGCGAAUGUACAAAUGCAAUCAAUGUUCGCAACAGUUUUCCAAAUUAGGAAACUUUCGUGUACAUGCCUGUUUACAUGGUAACAAUCGCUGCGACCAUUGCGAUCAAAGCUUUGCAACCCCUAAGGCCUUACAACUCCAUACAAAGGUACAUGAAAAUCGAGUCGAUUCCGGGCAGAAAACAUUUAUUUGUACAACGUGUGGCACUGAAUUCUGCUCUCAUAAAAGCUUGCGACUGCAUUCAAGAAUGCAUGCUCCUAUAAGGGCCAGGCAUGUUGACGCACCCGAAGGAACCCCUACGGCGACUUUUACUUGCCUCGAAUGCGGUAAGACUUUAUCUGAAUCAUACAAAGACGCGCACAUGGCGCUGCACACAGGUGAUUCAGUAACGUGUGCUGUCUGUAACAGAAAAUUUGAUUCCUCGGACAGUUUAGCGAUGCACGCAGCAGUACAUACUGAUCUAGUGCCCCCACAAUCACCUACUCCAUGUGUUUCGAUUUCAACCUCAACUGCUGAAGAGAUAGUACCAAUCGCAGAGACAACGUUAACAACAGCGACAACUACAAUGACAGUUACAACAAUAACAACUACAACAGCGACGAGUGCGAUAGCGACGAUGGAGACUAGUGAAAGUCAAAAACCUUAUCAAUGUCAGCACUGUGGUCGUAGAUUUACUAGACCUCAUGAAAAGGUCAAGCAUGAACGAAUUCACACUGGAGAGAAGCCACACGCCUGUGAGGUCUGUGGCAAGACUUUCCGCGUAUCCUAUUGCCUGACUUUACAUAUGCGUACGCACACGGGUGUGCGACCUUAUACAUGUCAACACUGUGGUAAACGUUUCAAGGCUUCCUCCGUUUAUAAUCAUCAUAUGCUGACGCAUGGUGACACACGUGCUUAUACGUGUCCGUACUGCCCAAAGACAUUCAAGACACGUGUGCAACUCGCUGGUCACAAGAAUAGUCACACUAAACCGUUUCGAUGUACCGAGUGCUCGCGACCAUUCGCGUCGCUCUAUGCUGCCCGGUCGCAUAUUCAGACGCAUAAAAAAGAUAACAACCUCAAAUAUAGUUGUUAUAUAUGUGGCGCAUCGUAUGGUCGAGCAUUUGCUCUUAAAGAUCAUUUGAAGCACCAUGGUCAGGAUGUCCUAGCGCCACCAGAGCCAGCGCGGGAAGAAGUGCAUGAGGGUUUCUUCUUCGGUGAGGAUAUACUCGAGGGUGAUAAGCGCAUACGUGAUCGCCUUGGAGUUCCAUCGUCUACGCUCGCUAUUAAACCUACUUCUAUGGACGACGCUGUUUGAAAUCGAUCAUUGCAAUGUGAUUCUAGUCGAAUUAUAGCGCCUGAUUAUUUGUGUAGAUCGAAAAAUCUGCACAGAUAUUCCAAAUACUGUGAUCGCGCAGAUAUUGGCCUUGUAUUGAAUCCUUUAUUAAAGGCCUAAGCCUUUAUAUGUCUGCGCUAUUAUAUGUUAGUAUUAUAGCAAGUUUUCUACCAAAACUCAUAGUUAAUUAUACGUAAUCAUUGUUAAUUCGUUCAUAAAGUUGAGUCAUUUGUAUUUUUUGAAUAACGUUUGCUAAAUAGCUGUUUUGGGCAAAUAUACCUUGAAUUAAAACUACAAAGGUUCAUCGCCAGAAAUAUUUAACAUACGAGUAUUACAAAUGUUAUAGUAUUUUAAUUGACGUUGGAUAUAAUUAUGCAAUAUGGAAUUAAGUUCAAAAACCAGUUUUUUAGUUAUAACUUAAAAGAAAAAAUAAAAAGUAAAAUAUUUGGGUAUUAAUUCUGAUAGUACCCUCUUUCAGAUAAUAAUAUAUAACAGUUAUAUUGUUCAACUGUUAUUAACUGUUAGUAACGAACAACAUAUUGUUAAGCAUAUUUUACAACAUGGAAUAGGAAAAAUCAGAAAUUACAGAGUUCCAUAUUGCAUAACAUCCAUUUCUAUCCAAAAUCAAAUUAUUGACAGUUCAUAAUUCAGUUAGUGAAAUUUGCUAUUAAUAUAAUUUAAAUUUCAAACUUUAAAUAUAUAUGUAUGAGUACGUGCGCACGUAUGCGUACGUGCGCGCUUUUCAUGGCAUAUAAAAGAUAUAUUAUUUAUUUAUAAGUAUAUUCUACAUUAUAUAUAUUUAAGUGUCAGAUUGUAUUUGAAAUAUGCUCUCUCUCUCCCCUCCUCUCUCUCUCUCCUCCCCUCUCUCCC